AUGCAGAGUCAGGUGAGGGUUAUCCUUGAUGGCUGCUCUCUUACACCUGAUGCGUUAUACUCUUUGGGCUAUGAAAAGGGCGCCACAAUUGAACUUUCAGACGAGGCAGUUACAAAAAUUAAAGCUGGACGUGCCGUGAUCGAUAAGAUUGUUGAGGAAAAUCAAACGGUUUAUGGCAUCAAUACAGGCUUUGGUAAAUUUGAGUCAACGAUUAUCGCACCGGAUCAACUGGAGCUUCUGCAGCUGAACCUCGUUCGAUCCCACAGCGCAUGUGUGGGGGAGCCCCUGACACCCCAACGGGCCCGCAUGAUGAUGGCCCUUCGUGUCAAUAUUCUCUGCAAAGGUCACAGCGGCAUUCGUUUGGAAACGGUUCAAAAGUACGCCAAGGCAUUCAACGCUGGUGUGGUUCCCUACAUUCCAGAACAAGGAACCGUUGGUGCCAGCGGGGAUCUGGGUCCACUCUCCCACCUGGCCUUAGGGAUGCUUGGUGAAGGACGCCUUGCAACGCUUAACAACCUGAAGUUCCGUGAGGCCCGGCUUGUUUUACAGGAGCUGGGCAUCGAACCCAUCACGUUGAAGGCGAAGGAAGGGUUGGCGCUUAUUAACGGAACGCAGUUUAUUUCUGCCCUCGGUACAGAAGCUGUUGUGCGAGCUCGAAGAGCUGCUCUCCUUGCGGACGUUGUUCUUGCAAUGUCUCAUGAAGCGCUACUGGCAUCUGUGAGUGCCCUUAACCCCGAGAUUCACCGUGUGCGUCCUCACAAGGGUCAGCAGAUUGUGGCUCAGCGUCUGCGGUCACUUUUACACAACGAGAAGCAUAUCUCUUCGAUUCUACUCAGCCAUAAGGCUUGCGGUCGCGUUCAGGAUGCCUAUUCUAUCCGUUGCUCUCCCCAGGUGCAUGGGAUCUCCAAUGACGUCAUCGAAUGGGUAUACGGCGUCCUCACCACGGAGCUCAAUUGUGCCACCGAUAACCCAUUGGUAUUCCCGCAUGGAGCGGUAAAGGUGGUUUCGUGUGGCAAUUUCCACGGUGAGUACCCAGCGAAGGCCCUUGAUAUGCUUGCCAUUGGUGUGCAUGAACUUGGGAGUAUCAGUGAGCGUCGUAUCGAGCGUCUUAACAAUCCGUCUCUCAGCCGCCUUCCUGCGUUUUUGGUGGAAAACGGAGGACUUAACUCGGGCUUUAUGAUCGCUCAUUGCACUGCUGCCGCCCUUGUCUCGGAGAACAAGGUCUACUGUCACCCCGCCUCCGUUGACAGCAUCUCCACCUCUGCUGCUCAAGAAGAUCACGUUAGCAUGGGAGGGUUUGCCGCACGCAAGGCCAUUAAGGUGGUGGAAAAUGUCGAAUACAUCCUUUCCAUCGAGCUUCUGUGCGCCUGCCAGGGCGUCGAUCUCCUGCGGCCGCUCACGUCGACGGAGCCGCUGGAAAAGGUCUGGAGUCUCGUCCGUAACGUCUGCCCCAGUUGGGGUAAGGAUCGUGAAAUGCACACCGACAUCAAAAAUCUUGCAGAGCUGCUGCGCUCCGGUGCCGUUUGGAACGCCGUUAAGAAGUACAUCCCAGAGGAGGCGCGCUUCCUAGAUGUCUUUACCGUCAAGAAACCGUUUGAGCUGAAAUCCAACAUUUGA